AUAAAUAUUUUAUUUCUUUUCUCGUCUACCCACAUAUUUUUUAUAUUCACAACCUAAAUUACUAAUUGUAAUUUCAGGUAACGAAGAUACGGGCCAAGCCGUAGAAAAUGAUGGCAACGACUUCCUGGAAGCCGCACCAGUUGUGCCGGACACUAUAGCGGUGUGCAGCGACACCCCUGACCAAAAUAUGGACAAAAAUAUGGACCAGCCGGUAAUGCAAGAUGUCUCCCUGGCUAACGAGGAUCCAGAAGUGGACCCCGAUUUACUGUCGGCGCUUGGUGAGUCCGUGUCAGAUACCCCUGACUAUGGCGAUAAUAUUCAUGAAAAUUUAUCGAAACUGUGGCUUCCUUUAUUAAAAAAAGGAAUGCCCAAGGAUAGCAAGGAGAAAACACUAAAAGACUAUUUAGUACCGGAUAAUUGUAGACUUUUACAAGCCCCAAAACUAAACGCAGAAAUCUCAGCUUGGGCACCGGCCAUGGUACGUAAUCGGGACAAAACUCUCGCGGCCUCUCAACAACAACUUGGCUUAGGUAUCACCGCCAUCAAUAGAGGCAUUGACAUUCUUCUGAAGAGCGAGGACAAGGUGCAGGCUAUGAAACAUCUUAGCAACGGUUGCCGAUUACUGUGUGACUCUCACUACUUAGCUACACAAAGUCGAAUAAAACUGAUCACGCCAAGCUUAGACAUAACCUUUUUAAACGUGGUAAAUGAGUCAGAAAGAGACGAAACCUUGUUCGGGUCCUCGCUAUCAGAAAAAAUAAAGGCCGCCAAGGCAAUUGAAAAACAGGGGUUGCAGAUAAAGAAGCCGGCGAAACCUCAAAAACCCGCGACUCCUCAGCCCGGCGCUCGGUCCGCGUCGUUUCAGGGAAACUGGACUGCGCCUCCUCCUCGGUACCCGACGAACAGGGGGGGGAGAGGAGGCUACAGGAGGCCGCCACCGCCGCCAGCAGCAGGGCGCCGCUCCUACGCGCCGCCAGCGCACCACCCGGUGCGACCCGCUGCCCAGGACAAGACACGUGCCUCGGGGCACGCUCAACACUAGCUCAGGGAUCAUCAUCCCCUACACCACAACCUUACCCUGGGUGUCGCGAAGCUCUGCGGCACUCCUUCAUCCGACGGGGCGCCUGUGCAGACUCGUCAACGUUGAUGUUAGCUUCGCUUUCCAACAGUACUAUAAAACAGUACAACACCUCGCUCAAGCUUUGGUGGCAGUUUUGUAUUGUUCACAAUAUAGACGUAUACAAGCCAUCGUUAUCUGCUGUAUUAAAAUUUCUAUCUGCACAGUUUAAUAACGGUUGUGCGUAUGGCAGUCUCAAUUCCCACCGUUCGGCUUUAUCCGCUCUCAUAGGAAAUAAUUUAGGUUCAAACGAUUGCGUCAAACGUCUUCUUAAGGGCGCCUAUAAGUUAAAACCUACUAGACCCAAAUACUCUAACACCUGGGAUCCCCAGUUGGUAUUAAACCACAUCUCAACGUGGAUUCCUAAUAGUGACCUCAGUCUCGAGAAAAUUACUAAAAAACUAGUAACCUUACUAGCUAUUUGCACCGCCCAUAGAGUACAAACGUUUUCCCUCAUCAAACUUGAAAACAUAUUAUUGUCGGAUAGCGGCAUAAAAAUUAACAUCUCAGAUAUUAUAAAAACAUCUGGUCCCGGCAGAGACCAACCAGUUUUGUUCCUGCCAUACUUUAGGGAAAAUAUAAGUAUUUGCCCAGCUACAGUCCUCUCAGACUAUAUUUCUAGAACUAAAAAUAUUAGACCUGAGGGCACAAAUAUACUUAUACUAACAUAUAAACGGCCCCAUAAGCCGGCUACAACGCAAUCCAUCAGUAGAUGGUUGAAGCAAGUGUUGUCGGAGAGCGGAGUGGACACCAGCGUGUACGGAGCUCACAGCACGAGGCACGCUUCCUCCUCCGCCGCGAGCUCCGCCGGGGUCAGUAUCGAAACUAUUCGAAAGACUGCAGGCUGGACAGCCUCAUCCAAUUCUUUCGCCCGUUUCUAUCAUAGGCCUGUAAUUAAUGAGGGCGAAUUUGCGCAAUCAGUUUGCUUGUCAGGGUAAUAACUUAUCAAUGUAUUAUCAAUAAUUGUUACCUAUUACUUAAUUAGAUUAUAAGAAAAGUUAGGCUUUUUUUGUUGUUGUUGUAGGGUGUAUAGAAUUAGUAUACCUACAAAUUUAGUUCAUUCAAUUAAUGAUUAAGAUGAUCGUAGAAGUUAACUUGUAAAAGGUAAAAUAAAACAUUAUAUAACAUAUUUACUUAAUUUUAUUUCCAAAACUUCCUGCUCUUAACAUCUACCUGGUAAUUAAAUCAUAUCUGAAGGAUGAAGCGAAGAAAUAUAAUAUAUGAUCAAACGAACUUCCAAGUGAAGUUCGAUCAUUAUUAUAUGAGUCGCUUCAUUCGAAGAUAUGAUCACCCUCCCACCCGGAGGACUCCCUAUAAAAAGAAAGUUUUGAGUUAAUCUCUAAAAAGAAUGAGUAAAUGGAAAGAUGGCGGGUGAGGCCUAGGUAGGGCGGAAAUCCGUUUUAACUAGUUUUAAGUCAAAGUUAAUACUUUUAAACUUUAAAAAUGUGCGAAGUUGCCAGUAAAAUAAGAGGGACUACCUGGUAAUUAAAUCAUAUCUUCGAAUGAAGCGACUCAUAUAAUAAUGAUCGAACUUCACUUGGAAGUUCG